CGCGUCGUCCACGCUUAAUUUCGUCAGAUCUGGUUUCCCUCAAAUUUUCAUUUAUCGAUCCCAUUGAAAAACAAAUUGCAUAGCCUAAAAUACCCAAAAAAGAGCGGAAAAAAGAAAGAAGCUAUGCUCAGAUUCGAAUUUGAAAGGAUCAGAAAACGAAUUUAAUUGAAUCGAAUACUUUUCUUGUCUUCUUUUUUUCGUUGUUGUUUUUCCGUCUUUUUUUUUGAAAAAUAAUUCUGUUAUGGCUGACGCUCUCUCUGUGAUUCCCGCCUCUGUUCUCCGCAAUCUAUCCGAUAAGCUAUACGAGAAACGGAAGAAUGCAGCGCUUGAGAUUGAAGGAAUUGUGAAACAGCUGGCAGCGUCGGGCGAUCACGAGAAAAUAUCAUCGGUGAUCAGUUUGUUGACCACAGAGUUUACAUACUCGCCACAAGCCAAUCACCGUAAGGGAGGAUUGAUAGGUUUAGCUGCUGCUACUGUUGGGUUGACUUCUGAAGCCUCCCAACAUCUUGAGCAAAUUGUGCCGCCAGUGCUUAAUUCCUUUUCUGACCAAGAUAGCAGAGUUCGUUAUUAUGCUUGUGAAGCUCUAUAUAACAUUGCAAAGGUUGUCCGAGGAGAUUUUAUCAUAUUCUUUAAUCAGAUAUUUGACUCACUAUGCAAGCUUUCAGCUGAUUCAGCUGCCAAUGUGCAGAGUGCUGCUCACCUUUUAGAUAGGCUAGUGAAGGACAUUGUUACUGAAAGUGAUCAGUUCAGUAUUGAAGAAUUUAUACCAUUGUUGAGAGAGCGCAUGAAUGUCCUGAAUCCCUUUGUCCGUCAGUUUUUGGUUGGUUGGAUAACAGUACUGGAUAGUGUUCCAGAUAUUGACAUGUUGGGUUUCCUACCUGAUUUUCUUGAUGGUUUGUUUAAUAUGUUGAGUGAUUCUAGUCAUGAAAUACGACAACAAGCUGAUUCAGCACUUUCGGAGUUUCUCCAAGAGAUUAAGAACUCCCCAUCUGUAGAUUAUGGUCGCAUGGCUGAAAUACUGGUGCAAAGGGCAGCUUCUCCUGAUGAAUUCACUCGGUUAACAGCAAUAACUUGGAUAAAUGAGUUUGUAAAACUUGGUGGAGACCUGCUUGUCCCUUACUAUGCUGACAUACUGGGAGCCAUUCUCCCCUGCAUAUCUGAUAAAGAAGAAAAAAUUCGAGUGGUUGCUCGUGAAACCAAUGAGGAGCUUCGUUCAAUCAAGGGUGAACCUGAAGAAGCCUUUAAUGUGGGAGCCAUUCUCUCCAUUGCAAGGAGGCAACUAGAUAGUGAGUGGGAAGCCACAAGAAUUGAAUCAUUGCACUGGAUUUCAACCCUUUUAGACAGACAUCGUUCUGAGGUCUUGUGUUUUCUAAAUGACAUAUUUGACACCCUCUUGAAAGCUCUAUCUGACUCUUCUGAUGAGGUGGUGCUCCUGGUUCUUGACAUUCAUGCAUGCAUAGCACAAGACCCCCAAAACUUCAACCAGAUUGUUGUUUUUCUGGUGCAUAAUUUCCAGAUUAAUCAUUCGCUUCUGGAGAGGCGUGGUCCGUUGGUAAUCCGUAGACUUUGUGUUCUCUUGGGUGCUGAAAGGGUGUACCGUGAGCUAUCCACCAUACUAGAGGAAGAAGCAGACCUAUAUUUUGCCUGCAUUAUGGUUCAGGCAUUGAAUUUAAUUCUGCUCACUUCUUCUGAGCUAUCUGAGCUUCGGAAACUUUUGAAACAGUCGCUGGCUAAUGCUGCUGGAAAAAAAUUAUUUGUUUCUUUGUAUGCUUCAUGGAGCCAUUCACCCAUGGCAAUUAUAAGUCUUUGUUUAUUAGCUCAGAUGUAUCAGCAUGCAAGUGCUGUGAUUCAGUCCCUGGUUGAGGAAGAUAUUGACGUCAAAUUCUUGGUUCAGCUUGAUAAAUUGGUUCGCUUGCUCGAAACUCCAAUAUUUGCUUAUCUAAGAUUGCAGCUUCUUGAACCUGGAAGAUAUGUAUGGUUGCUGAAAGCAUUAUAUGGUCUUUUAAUGCUACUUCCACAGCAAAGUGCCGCAUUCAAGAUACUGCAAACUCGUUUAAAAACUGUGCCAUCAUACUCCUUCAAUGGUGAUCAACUCAAACAAGCAUCAUCAGGCAACCCGCGCACCCAAAUUUUACAUGGUGUAUCCCAAAUAACUUUGGAUGGUGACAUCACCCACGAUAAUGGGAAUUUACAGAACGAAAUUGAUUUUUCUUCAAGGCUGGACCAUUUUCAGCAAAUUCAGCAACAACACCGUACGCUUACAGCAAAAUCACAAGCGCAAUCACAAUCACGAAACAGUUGCACUUCAUUGUUGAAGGAGGUGCCAAAAGCCGAAGAACCCCGGCAGCAUCCAACAUCAGACACAAAUAGGCCCCCUUCGAGAUUAUCUAAGAAAGGCUCGGGUCGAUGACAAAUUUUACCACAUUACACUUUGCCUUGGUCCGGGUGAGAUCCGGUAUCCGGUAUCCGAUAGUAGUUUGUAAAAUUGUAUAUCAUGGUAGUUUGUUUUUCACUUUAACCUCAUGGGUGAAAAUUUGGGUUUCGAAUAUAAGCUUUGGGGGGGGGGGGGAGGUUCAAAGCUAUUAUUUUUUUUCCUUUAUAAAGAAAAUACACCCAUGUGGUUCGGUUAUUUUUGUUGAAAAAAAACACCACAUGGUUUUAGAGGGAGAAAAUGAAUUUAGAAAAAUACAUUUUCUUUGGUAAAAGAAGGAAAUUUUCUAAUUUAAUAUAACAUUU